AUGGAUAAUAGAAAAAUCUAUAAAACAUAUAGAGAUAAUUUAAAAUCAAAUACAAUUGAAAAUAGCAAACCAUAUUCAUUAACUUCGAAAUUAAAAAAUAUAUUAAAAAGACCAUGGAAUUCUUCAAAUUCAGAUAGUCAAAGUAUUAAUAAUCAAAAUUUAUCUACUGAGAACAAAUCUUUUAAAUUUCCAGAACCAAAAAUAAUAUCAAAUCCAAACUCCACGAAAUAUUCGGAUUUAAAAGAUUAUAAGAUUCCAGGAUCAUUUUCAGGGAAUUUACCAACAUCAUCAUCAUUGACUAUAACCAAAGACAUAGAAACUCCGAAUACUACAAUUAAAGAAAUCACACAUAGACCUUUGGAAUCAAAAAUUGAGGAGGAGGAAAUAGAAGAAAUUGAAAACCCAAAUGAUAUACUAUCUGAUUUUUUCAAAAAAAAGGGAAAUAAUAAAUUAUCAGAUGUUGAAUAUGAAGGAGUAAUGUCAUUAAUUUCAAAAUCUAAAUCUGGAACACCAUAUAAAAGAAAAUUUUUUGAAUUAGAUCAAGAAUCAAUAGAUAAUGAUAGAAAAAAAAGACAAAUUAAUAAUAACUUAUCUCUACUUAAUGGAAAUAAUACAUCAAUUAUAGAAUCAACUCCAAAUAAACAAAAAAUUUUAAAACAAAAUGGAAAUAUUACAAUAAGUUAUCCAGAUAAUAAAUUUAAUUAUUCAACAGUUAAUAGUACAUUUGAUAAAUCUUAUCAAAAUAUAAAUAAUACAACUUUUGGUAGUAGAAAUUUAUCAUCAACUGGUAGAAGUUUAUAUUUAUCAAGGCGACCUGCUCCAUAUAAAAGUAGAUUAAGAGGUCCAAUUUAUACUAAAAAAUCAAAUACAAUUAAAUCUGAUGAUUACAAAAAUUUAAAUAAUUCAAUUCUUUCAACACAAUCGAUAUUAAAAUCCAAUGUAAAUGAUGAUUCAAAAAUCAUAAAUGAAAAAUCAAAACCCAAUAGUAAAACAGCUCAAAUAUUACUUGAUAUAUUAGAUGGAAACAAGAAUCAAAAAGAUCAAGAUGAUAAUGAAAAAGUAAAUAAAGAUUCAAAUAAUAACAAAAUCAAUUUAUUUACAAAUCCUUAUGAAUCAUCACGUUCCAAAAAGAAAUCUAAAUCUAUACCUAUUACUCAAAUUGGCAUAGAAAAAUCAUCAAAUACUAAAGUGAAUGGAAAUGAAAUAAAUUCAAAUCUGAAAUUUUCUUUCAAUAGACUAAAAUCGAAAGAAGAAGAAGAAUCAAAAGAGGAGGAAAAAUCAAAAGAAGAAAAAUCAAAAGAAGAAAAAUCAAAAGAAGGAGUGAAAUCAAAAGAAGAGGCAAAAUCAAUAGAACAAAAAGAACAUAAUAAUGGAUCAUCUGAAACAAAAACUACUAAAUCAUCGAAAACUUCAUUAUUUGGUAAUUCUCAUCUGCUAUUAGGUCAAACUUUUCAAACUGUAGGACUUAAUGGUAAUUCAUCAGUUACUUCAAACAAUAAACCAACUAAACCUUCAAAUUUUGAUCUCAUGAAAUAUAGUAAAGAAAAUACUCAACCUAAAUUUUCAUUUAAUCCAAAUUCAAAUCCAAAUUCAAAUUCAAAUUUAAAUCCAAAUUCAAUAUCAAAUUCAUCACCUGCAUCAAAACAAACACCAACUCAAAAACAAUCUGAAAAUGGAGAGAAAACAACUAAUGGAAAAGCCGAUUUAAAUACUGUAAAACAAACAUCUGAAUCACAUCAAACAUCUGAAUUUGAAUUUCCUGAUACUGAUGUUGUUCAUGUUGAAUUAGAUAAUACAGAAGUUAAUAAAUAUAAAUCUUUAUAUAGCUUUUAA